GUUGUUCCGUCUCAUGCAUCCCGUGGAAUGACAGCUGAAGCCAUUGGUACCGCCUUUUACAAUGCCGAACAGCCAAUCAGAACGCGUCGAAUUCCCCGCACGGAGACGUCGAGUAGUUGUGCGCACGCGCAUGUCAGUCGGUAAGUGCCUCACUUCUCACAAGCUCGCAGGAGUGUGAAGAUGGCGGUUGGCUCCGGCCCGAUGGAUGAGCUUUUUUUACACACAGAGGUGAAUAAAGCUGUAGUUUAUCAUCCGUUACGGUCUGUAGAGUCACAGCUGUUGUUCUUGUGCCACUAUAACCACUGGUUUAGGCACGAGUCAGCCGGUUAUUACAUAGUUAUAGUUCCGGGACAAGGGGUAGCGCGAGCUAAUGUCCAGCUGGGACUUGGUCAAGACGAUUGCUAAAGCAGGUACGACCUAACUACUAAUGUUGUUUUCCUCUUUGUCUCUCCGAGUAAACACGAAAAGCAAGCACCGGAGCUGACAGAGAACACUGGUGGAGUGUUGCCCCAUCACGUUCAAUAUAGUUUGUGCUCCUUCUAACCAAGUUAAACAGUGCAGGGGGUCUCAUAUUAACGAGGUCCCCAUGGUUAAACUAUGGACGCAUCGACGACAAACACGGACUCCUCUGCUGGACAGGAGCCCGGCAAAACACUUGUUGUCAGUGGCGGUGUAACUUCUCUCCCCAAUCACCAGGGGAAAGUGGGCUCAUUCUCAGUGCAGACUCUGAAUGGUAGUCAAACUAUGAACUCUCACAAUUCAGGAAGCGCUGCCCCUCUGGUGGGGACGACAGCGGCCGGUGGCGGCGGUACCAGCGGCGGUACCAGCGGCAGUCCUGGGUUGUCUGUCCCAGCUGUCACCAGUGGACCGGUGUUGUCCAAAGGGCUCACCGCUGCGAGAAUGCCCCCCUCGUCAAACAGUGUAAUUCAGACGUCUCUCAUGAACUCACAGAGUGUCGCUGUGAGCCAGACCGCAGGACCCACUGUGACACUGGUCCGGCCGCCUAUGCAACCCGCUGGGUCGGGUACCACUUUGAAUGGGAACAAUAACCCGAGCCCUGCAGCCUCUGCCACCACAACAGGUCAGACAUGUGUCGGCAUACAAACUCCGCUUGUUAACAAUAGUCAGCCGGUAUCUGUCAGCGCAGGGUCGCACAUUAUCAAGCAAGAGCCUCCCACGACCAUAAUCCAGUCCGCACCGCAGCAGGCUGUCGCUCCCGGAGCCGUGAGCGCUCCCCGGACCCCGGCCACGGUAGCUGCCGUUCCGGGCGGGAUCCGAGCCCUGACGCCUCAGAUGCUGGCACCGCGGCUCCCACAGACCUCCCCCGGACAGCCUAGUGUACAUAACAUCCAACUUCCCCCGGGGAUGGUGCUUGUACGCAGUGAGAGUGGACAGCUGCUGAUGAUCCCUCAGCAGGCUCUUGCCCAGAUGCAGUCUCAGGCUCAGGCUCAGGCUCAAGGAGGCUUGGCACCUCGACCUGCUACACCAACAAAUUUGACACCUGGCCAAGCCCCUGGGAAUACUACCAUCAACAGACAAGUGGCUCCUAGUACCAUUAUCCGACCCGGAUGUCCAGCUCCAACUUCACUACCUAAAACCACCACACUUCACAGACCCCCCAUCCUUCAGACCUCUGUUGGGGCUGCAGUGCCAGGAAUGACCCCGAGGACAGUCAGCCAAACAGCUGGGCCCACUGUUUCCUCAGUAACAGUUAGCAAAGAGACAAUGGAAAAUGUGAAGAAAUGUAAGAACUUCCUGUCUACUUUGAUAAAAUUGGCAUCCACUGGGAAACAAUCAACAGAGACUGCAGCAAGUGUUAGAGAGCUCGUAAAGGACCUCCUGGAGGGGAAACUGGAAGCUGAGGAGUUCACCAGCAGACUGUACAAAGAGCUCAACUCCUCACCCCAACCUUAUCUAGUGCCUUUCCUGAAGAGAAGCCUCCCAGCUUUGAGGCAACUCACUCCAGACUCAGCCGCCUUCAUCCAGCAGAGUCAGCUCUCACAAUCAGCCUCAGGUCCAGUCUCCUCAGCCUCAUCAACCCCCACCACAGUGAUCUUGGGCAGCCCAGCCCCUCGUCUCACUGCUCCUAUCACCAGGCCACAGCUCCAGCCAGGUGUCAGCAAACCAGGGCAGACCUCCUCUCUGGUUCUUCAGUCUCAGCAACAGAGAGCAAUGCUGAGACCUCAGGUAACCUUACCGACAGCCUCCAUGGUAACGCUCAGGAAUCAGACCCCUGGCCGGAUAAUGAUGGGACAGCAACAGGUUCAGCUUAAAGAGCUGCAACCAGUUCCUGUGAAGACGGAGAUGUCACUUAUUUCUAGACCAGUCUCUGCUGCAGGGUUGACCCUCGUUCAGAAGAACAAACUGAAGGAGGCUGGUGGCACAUUCAAAGAUGAUGACGACAUCAACGAUGUGGCCUCUAUGGCUGGAGUGAACCUCUCCGAGGAAAGUGCUAAUAUCUUAGCAACUAAUUCUGGACUAGUGGGAGCAGUGACACAUUCCUGUGAGGAUGAGGCUUUUCUCUCCUGCGCCUUACUGCAGAGGAAAAUGCUGGACAUUGGUAGGAGGUUUGGGGUGACAGACCUGGGUGCAGAGGUGGUAACCUUUGUCUCCCAUGCUGCUCAGCAGCGACUUCAGAACCUGUUGCAAAAGGUUUCCCAAGUGGCUCAGCAAAAAAACACAAGUUACAAGGAGGAUGACAACUAUGAGCAAUGCAGUGAUGUUCGAGCUCAGCUGAAGUUCUUUGAGCAGCUGGACCAGUUAGAGAAACAGAGGAAGGAGGAACAGGAGAGAGAGAUCCUCCUAAAGGCAGCUAAGUCUCGAGCGCGGCAAGAGGACCCUGAACAGCUGCGUCUGAAACAGAAGGCAAAAGAGAUGCAGCAGCAGGAGCUGGCUCAGAUGAGACAGAGGGAGGCCAACCUGACGGCUCUCGCAGCGAUUGGCCCCAGGAAGAAGAGGAAGAUCCCGGACUCUUCAUCUUCCUCCACUGCAGCAGAGGGAUCAGGAUCAGGUCCGUCUCUGUCUGCCGGGGCUGCUUCAUCCAGCUCCAGACACACACGGCAGCGCAUCACACGUGUCAAUCUCAGGGACCUGCUCUUCUGUUUGGAGAAUGAGAGAUUUACCAGUCGCUCCCAUUUCCUCUACAAGGGCUUUCUGAAAUAGGCUUGAUGUCAAAGAGGGGGUGAGGAGGAGGAGGAGGAGAAGAGGGGAAAUGAAGAGUAUGGAGAGACCACCUGCUCCCACCAGACAGAGAGCAUAAGAGACUCUUAGAAGUGAAGAGGAGGAGCAGUGACUUCACCUGAUAACCUGAAAUAUAAAGAUAGCCAGAGUUAAUGGCUUCUCAUGUGUGGCUCUUUACCUCCCUCCUUAAGUAAGGUAGUGUGAGCAGUCACAGACUACCCCCCCUUUAUUUUCCUUCAGAGAAAAAACUUCCAUUUGAAUCCCCUUUCCAAGAAAGUGCAAAAACAGAUCAUGUGUUUUUAUGAGGAAGGGUUUUAUAUGAACAAGUGACUGUAUAAUUAUGCACUGUAACAGUACAGUUUAUGUUCUGAUUAUUUCUACAUGCAUUACAAUUUAAGGCAGUGAGAAUCAACACAACUUUCAAUAGACCACCAAGUAAUUGUAUUGAUCCAAUCAUUUUAUUUUCGAUUGGUCAGCUGAUUUAGUUUGAAGUCCAAACUGUGUAACCUACUGAGUUGCCUUCCUAACUAUGAAUAAGCCAUAUAGCCAUCCUGAAGCAAUUAACCCUGCUGUAACCCAUGAAGCAGUAGCUUGCUCUUAUGUCAUCUCUCAGUACUUUACUUGAUUUUUUUCUGCAUAUUUAUUUACUAAACACAAGCUUAAAUUAAUGGUUAGUUAUUUAUUUAAAUCCAUGUGACACCUCAGCUGUUUUAUGUAGCUUACAUUCAAAGUAUAUGUUCAUUUACCUGUAAAGUUUUAAUCUUUUCUUUUUGUAAUUUUGUGGGGUGUGUAGAUUUCAGUGCAUAAAGAGAGGUGUGUGUUCAUUGUUCUUAAAAUCAGUUAGAUUGUUUUUGUUUAUUGAAAUUAGUUGGACAUGUAUUAUUGUUGACUUGUAAACAGGUUUCAGAAGGCUUUUAACCUGUACUGCUAUACCAAACAUACAUCUACCUAAAACCGAUUUCUAUUUUUGUAGCUGCCCACCAACACAUUUUUUACUCUUUCAGUGGUAACUGAUAACUGUCCUCCAACCCUUUCUCUACCUGCUUCUAUUUUGGUGUGCUACUGGACAGAUCCCUAUGAGUUUUAGUAUUUUUGACUCAAGAAACUGGAGUUUCUUCUUGUAUAUUUGUAAAUGUUACAGCUAAAGUUUUACAUACAGAUUUGUAUAGAAUUGAGAAUUUACCCUUACAGCAAAAGUUAAAAACACAUUUUCUCUAUUAAAAUAUUGAUUUUACAGUAAC